AUGACUCCUCCACCCUCGGCUUCUGGUGUACCCCCGGCCUCUGAAGUACCCCUGGCCUCUGAUGUACCCCCGGCCUCUGAUGUACUCCCGGACUCUGAUGUACUCUUGGCCUCUGAUGCACCUCCGGUCUCUCAUACACCCCCGGCUUCUGAUGUACCCCGGCCUCUGGACCUCUGUAACCCCGGCUCUGAUGUACUAGAGGUCACCAGCCAGUUCUUAGAGGCCACCAGCCAGGUACUAGAGGCCACCAGCCAGGUAGUAGAGGCCACCAGCCAGGUACUAGAACCCACCAGCCAGGUACUAGAAAUCACCAGCCAGCUAUUGAAGGCCACCAGCCAGGUAAUAGAGGCCUCUAGCCAGUUAGUGAAUGCCACCAGCCAAGUAGUGGAGGCCACCAGCCAGCUAGUGGAGGCAACCAGCCAACUAGUGGAGUCCACCAGCCAGGUACUAGAGGCUACCAGCCAGCUAGUGGAGUCCACCAGCCAGGUACUAGAGGCCACCAGCAAGAUAGUAAAGGUCACCAGUCAGGUAGUAAAAGGCACCAGCCAGCCAGUGGAGGCCACCAGCCAGCCAGUGGAGGCCACCAGCCAGCCAGUGGAGGCCACCAGCCAGCCAGUGGAGGCCACCAGCCAGCCAGUGGAGGCCACCAGCCAGGUAGUAAAGGCCACCAGCCAGGUAGUGGAGGCCACCAGCCAGGUAGUGGAGGCCACCAGCCAGGUACUAGCGUGCUACCAGCCAGGUAGUGAAAGCCAAAACCCAAGUAGUAGAGGCCCCCAGCCAGCUAGUGAAUGUCACAAGCUGCUAGAGGCUACCAGUCAGGUAAUGGAGGCCACCAGCCACUUUGUGAAUGCCACCAGCCAGGUACUAGAGGACACAGCCAGCCAAGUAGUGGAGGCUACCAACCAGCUAGUGGAGGCAACCAGCCAGGUACUAGAGGCCACCAGCCAGCUAAUGGACCCCACCAGACAGGUAGUGGAGGCCACCAGCCAGGUAAUAGAGGCUACUAGCCAGGUAGUGAAAGCCACCAGCGAGGUACUAGAGGCCACCAGCCAGGUAAUAAAAGCCACAUGCCAGGUAGUAAAGGGCACCAGCCAUGUAGUGGAGGCCACCAGCCAGGAAGUGGAGGCCACCAGCCAGGUAGUGGAGGCCAUCAGCCUGGUACUAGAGGCCACCAACAAGCUAGUGAUUGCCACCAGCCAAGUAGUGGAGGCUACCAACCAGCUAGUGGAGGCAACCAGCCAGGUACUAGAGGCCACCAGCCAGCUAAUGGACCCCACCAGACAGGUAGUGGAGGCCACCAGCCAGGUAAUAGAGGCUACUAGCCAGGUAGUGAAAGCCACCAGCGAGGUACUAGAGGCCACCAGCCAGGUAAUAAAAGCCACAUGCCAGGUAGUAAAGGGCACCAGCCAGGUAGUGGAGGCCACCAGCCAGGAAGUGGAGGCCACCAGCCAGGAAGUGGAGGCCACCAGCCAGGUAGUGGAGGCCAUCAGCCUGGUACUAGAGGCCACCAGCCAGGUAGUAAAGGCCACCAGCCAGGUACUAGAGGCUACCAGCCAGUUAGUGAAUACCACCGGCCAGGUGGUGGAGGCCAUCAGCCAGGUGCUAGAGGCUACUAUCCAGGUAGUGGAGGCCACCAGCCAGCUAGUGGAGGCCACCAGCCAGGUACUAGAGGCUACCAACCAGGUAGUAGAGGCCACUAGCCAGCUAGUGAGUUCCACCAGCCAGGUAGUGGAGGCCACCAGCCAGUUGUGA